AUGGAUAAUUGUAAAUUUGAGGCCAAGCUUGGGAAUGAGAUGCAUAUUCCAGUAGCCAAGUCAACAGCAGACGUACGCGCAUGUUCUGCUGUUGGCAACGAUUACGAGGACAUUAAGGUGACGUCGUCAAUAACGACUAAUAGAUUCCCGUCGACGGGCGCAAUCGAAGCCAAGAUUAAGUCUCUGGCAUCUUAUUUAAAGUCGGUUUCAGCCGGCAUUCGACGUCGCAGCAUAGCGUUUGACCGUGCGCAGGCGUAUUAUCGGAGGUCAGUGCCGACCCCGGCGGCUAUUCGCAACAAACUGAAUGUGAUUGUGACAAGGCAUAGUAGUGGAGAGCACCAGACAACACUGUCCUGGGACGACAUUGAUGAAGAAAGGUAUAGUGACUUAAACGAAGCGAUGACGGCAACUCCCUUGUCUAGAAAGCGACGAGGAUGUCCUAGCGAGAUUUUCCGUGAAGGUCAAGUUCGUCAAAUUUGCACUCUCUGCGACGUGCCCGAUCAGUUUGUUGACCAGGUUAUAGAGACUAUCAAGUCAUCGUUUGGUACGCCGGGAUUGGAUGUAAUCGCCUUGGAGGAGUUUAUGCCAGGAAACGUCGUGGUAUUCGUAGGCAUGUUGAUCUUUCAAAGCAUUGAUUGUGACGAAGAUUUCGUAGACCUUAGCGUUAUGCCGAGCUUUUUAAGGCAUAUUCAGGAGCGUUACGAUGGCAACAUCCCGUUUCAUAAUGCCACCCAUGCUGCAGACGUGAUGCACACACUCUUUAUGAUGCUGUGGAACACGAGUCUGGGUGACAAGAUCUCUCAGCACAAUCAGAUUGGAGCGCUGCUGGCGGCAGUGAUGCAUGACGUAGAGCACGUUGGUUUGACCAACGAUUUUUUGAUAAAAACCUGUCACCCUAUUGCGCAGGAGUACCCUACCAAGGCUCCAAUGGAGUCUAAACACAUGGAUCUUGCGUUGCAGGCGGUGCUGGACCGACAGUUUGGUAUUCUUUCCAAGUUGACGCCGGUGUAUCAGCAGGAGGUCCUCGAUGUCAUCCGUGAGACGAUUUCUGCGACAGCUCUUAUUUAUCAACCCGAUCUGCUCGCUGAAAUCAACAACACGACGAUUGACGAAUGGAAGAUGCUUGAGGUGGACGACACGGUUCUACCGCAGCAUUUGCAGGUGCGCGCACUGCGCAUCGCCAUGCACGUGAGCGACAUUAGUCAGACGAUGAAGCCGUUUGCGAACCACAAAAAGUGGGUGUUUCGCCUUAAUGACGAGCUGUACAAGCAGGGUGAGCUGGACGCGCGGGAGCAGUUGCGCGUGAGCCCCUGGUUUUGCUUUCGCGACUCGUGGACGUUUGGAAAAUUUUUGGGCAGUCAGGUGUGCUUCCUUAAACAGAUGGCACUCCCGGCCGUCGUGGCACUUAAUGGCAUUCCCUGGCUGGAUGUAAACGAACUUGUGAACGGUAUCGAGAAGAACAUUGCCGAGUGGGAGCGGCAGGAGAUAGUCGCUGCCAAAUGA